CUAACACAGACAGUAGGUGUAGUUCAUGACAGCUGCUCCAUCUUCAAUAACGCAGCAACUUAGCUUCAUUGUCGUCUUCAUCCUCGUUUUCUUAUGACAUCCCUCAAACCCGGCGGCCAUAUCGCACUAUGUUCGAGGAUCCUGAACUCCAAGAUCCAUUGUCACUGAGUUUAAAUGAAAAUUAUGAUGACCAGAAUUUGACACUUGAUCAAAAAAAGGCACCGGCAAGUCCCGACUAUAAUUGUGAGACACCAGAGAUUCGAGUGAUCAUCAAAGAGGAAGAGGACGGCUGGAUUGUGAGUGAAAAUCAUGAGAGCUUCAGCUCAGAGGGAGAAAAAGAGGACACUUUUGCACAGACUUGUCAGCCCCACCUCAAAGCAUGUGGCAAAGAGAGCUCCAUUUCACAUGAAGUAAAGAGACAACAGAGAGUUCAUUCGGGGGAGAAAUGCUCGGAGGAGUCCGGCGGCCCCACUCUCUAUGGCCAGAGCUCCUCUGCCAGAGAGGGGUGGCAUAGAGACAUGCUCAUGGACUCUGAUGAGAAACCUAAGAUUUCCUGUGUUCGUGGGAAAGCGCUGGGAAAUGCGUCUGUGGAUCAGUGCAAUAACACAGGAGAGAAAUCCUUCUCCUGCCCAGUACGUGAGACGUCCCCCAGUCAUAAAAGGAACGUGAAUUCCCAUCAGACGACACAUGCUGAGGAUGGGUGUUAUGCUCCGGACCGCGGCCUUGACGUAAAACAAAGCACAUCGUCACCAACAGAAGAAGAACUGCACAAGACCAAAAGAUCAGCACCUUACCAAACAGAUUCUCCUGAACUCAAGCCCCUGAUGUCACAUGGACUGAAGAUGGCAUCUGCAAAAUUAGCGGACCAAACACUCCAUUUGACUGUUAGAUUGCAGGCAGGGGAGGAGGAUGAGGAGGAGGAACAAGAUGAAGAAAUUGGAGGUUUAAUCAACUCUGAUGGAGAGGUGGUUGAGUGGGAUGCCAGAGACAGUCCCGACCGAGGCUCUGAUUGCACAGGAAGUCAUCAGCCUAGCAAGGGUAUCGGCCUGUCCGAGUCUCAGCUGCAAGGCCAAAACCAGAGAGACAGCAGUAGUCCAACGCUCAUCAUGGAAGUUGUGUCUGUGGGAGAAGAUGAAGAAAGGGAAGAAGGGGAGGAAAAAGAGAGAGUAGUAAAGAUGACAACUGUUGCACCCUUGUACCGUGGAAAGAGAAACAGAAGACGGACCAAGGUUCCAGAAAUAAGAGUGGCAUCAUUGGACGUCUCAGAUGCAGAGAAAGAAGUUCCUGCAAAUCCUGUAAAGAGAAGGGGCAGAAGAAAGAUUUCAGAAACUCCUCUGUUGUCUGGAGGAGAAGACUUAGAGGCAGAGCCUGGAAUAUCGAGGAGAACCCGAAGAAAAAGCAAUUUCCCCACUGUAGUGGAAUCAGAAGAGUUAAACUCAAAAAGUGUCCGCCGUGCCGCUGCAAAGCGACCUUACAGAAGAAGGAAAGAUACCAAACCAUGUGCUGAAGGAGAAGGAGAAAACACAGGUGUUUCAUCUGGGAAGAAGCGCCCUGGCAGAAAGAUGGUUCGUCUACCAGUAGAAAUACCUCCUGAGCUCCUGAAGAAGCCCAAAGAGAAGAUAGAGUACCACUGCUCAGUGUGUGGCAAAGAGUUCCCUCAUGCCUAUAAACUGGAGAGGCACGAGCUGAUCCACACAGGAGAGAAACCUUACUGCUGCUCCAUCUGUGGUCGGGGUUUUAACCAAAAGGGAAAUCUCAAAACUCACUACAAAGUUCACUUAGGUCGUAAGGGUGUUGCGGACUUUGACGAUGAGGUGAAUCCCAUAGCGUCAGAACUCUCAGAAUACUUGAAGUCUCUGCCGGGGGAGUCCAGGAUCAGAUCAUCCCUCCGUUGCCUGGAAUGUGGGAAAGACUGUGAUAGUCAGUCUGCUCUACAAGCACACCACAUUACAACACACACACAGACAGCUCCUGAGUCAGACACAGCCGAGCACAGCACAUCACAGCUUCUCUUCUGCCGCCGCUGUGGCACUCAGUUCAGUGAAAAAGAAAAGCUGGAAGAGCACAUGAAAACCCACAUCAAGGAGAAGCCCUACUCGUGUCCCGACUGCGGCAAGAGGUUCAUCAAUGAGAGCUACAUACAAGUCCACCAGCGCAUCCAUACUGGAGAGAGACCGUUCCUCUGCUCCCAGUGCGGCAGAGGUUUCCACACGGCCUCAUCGCUCAAGCUGCAUGAGAUGCAGCACUCGGAGGAAAGGCCGUUCGCAUGUUCCAUCUGUGGGAAGACGUUUCGGAUAAACUCGUACCUAACAGCACAUUACCAGACCCACAUUAAAGACAGACCUUUCAUUUGUAGCAUCUGUGGGAAAGGCUACUCUAGAGCCGAGGAACUGAAGGUGCACCACAGGCUUCACACUGGAGAGAGACCGUACGAGUGUGGAGAAUGCGGGAAGAGCUUCAUUUACCGCCAGGGUCUGCGGCAGCAUCAGCGCACACAUGCUGGAAGACGCAUCGGGCCAACCAGACAGCUCGGUCGACCGAAGCAACAGGCCAGGCUGGACAUUUAACA